AAAACAGAAGUCGAAUACGAAACCUCAAACAGUAUCGAAUUAUAAAUUCGCAGGCGGGGAUGUUUAUGGAUCCUUAUGGUUUGUUAAUUAAACCAAUGCUUUGGUAAUACUCUUGACUUGUCGAAUAACUGCAUUGACGGAUUUUAAACAACACAAACACCUGGUUUCAUAUUGGGAUUUGAGUGUGAGCUUUGGAUUGCUGUUAUACAGAUGUGCAUCACCAAAAAGGAUGCAGUCAAGGGAAGAAAUUAAUAACUCCUCUUUGCAGAAAGUACUUACAGAUGUUGAAAAGAAACUUGUUGAUCUUUUUAUCCAAGAAUGGAACACUCAUUACAAACAAUCUCUUGGAGAAUGGGAAAAUACAAACGUCAGUGGUCAGAAAUUGUUCAACAUUGAAAGAUCAAAAAAAAUAUUUCGUGAUGAAAAAAUAUUGUCAAAACUUAAAGAUGGUGACACAAGUAAGUGGGAUUGCACGACAAUAUGUAAAGCAAUAUUGUUUACCCACUCAAUUGGAACAAAAAUUGAUGAUAAAGUUAGAGCUGCUGUGGACAAACUUCGUGAUGUAAGAAACAAAUUCAUCCAUGAAAAUAAAGGAAAAGUUUCUGAUUCGAAAUUUCAUACAAUGGUUUGUGAUAUUGAAAACUCAUUUCAAGAUUUAGGAUUUUCGUUCACUGAAAUUAUCAAAAUAAAAAGUGAACGAAACAUAUUUUAUUCUUUUCAAGUACUUCCUUGCAAAGCAAAUCACGAUGUGGUUGAACGUACAGAAUUACUUAAUCAAAUCACAGCAGAUCUCAAUAACUUGCGCAGUACUAACAAUAAUGAACUAACAUAUUACUAUAUUUCUGGUAAUCCUGGCAGUGGUAAAUCUCAAUUAGCUAGACAAAUUUGCGAAGAAUUGUGGAACUCGUUUGACUGGGAAAAGAAUACGACAUUUGUGAUGACACUCGAAGGAAAAGAUAUCGACUCUCUUUUGAAAACUUAUGCUGAACUUUAUCAACGAUUAAGCAAUGAUAAAACUGUCAUUGAAAAUAUUCGAAAAGAAGCAAAAAGCAGCGAAGAGAAAAUUAAAGAUUUUCAGUUAUUGCUGACACAGCAACUGAAAUCUUGGCAAACAUGGUGGAUUAUUCUAGAUAACGUGGUUGAACUUUAUAAAAUUUAUCCAUUAUUACCUCAAGUUGGUGAUCAUGGCUGGAAAAAUGGUCAAAUUAUAGUAACUGUUCAAAAUACAGAUGCUAUACCACCAGAUGGAAAUCUAAAUAAACACAUUUCAGUUAGUCAUGGUAUGAAUGAUGAAGAAUGUCGACAACUUCUAUCUGUCUUUUCUGAUAUUCAUAACAAAGAUGAAAAAUUUUUAAAGGAUUUAUCAGACAAAUUAGAUCGUCAACCGUUGUUCCUCGCAAAUGCUGCUUCCUACGUAGGUGAUGUAAAAAGUGCAAAUCCUACAUUCACCUGGGACGAAUAUUUGUAUAAGUUGAAUGAAGGAAAGCGUCAGAAAAUGGAUGGCAAUUUUCAAAAAAUGAACUCAGCUUACUUAGGAAUGAAAACUGUUAUGUUAGCAGUUCAAAAAAAUGCUGAAGAAUCCAUCUUGUUGGAACAUGUUUUUAAACUUUUCUCAAUAAUAUCUUUCGAUCCGUUACCAAAAGAUGUUAUAAUACAAUUUAUUAAAAGAAUUGAUCCAAAAAUAUCUGCAGAAGAUGUCUGUCUUCAAUUAAAGCAUUGUUCUUUAUUCCUUCAAACGGAAAACAACGACAUCCGCCUGCACAGCGUUGUACAGGAAGCCAUCAUAAAUUAUUCAUCGCAGACCUUUGGCCGUAAACAUAACGAAAAUAAUUCCUCUGCAGCUGAUCUUGCCUGUCAAGUUGCUUGGGCACUGAAUCAUUUUGAAGGCAGAGAAGAUGAAAUCAAAAUAAUUCCACAUCUAAUUAAAUUCAUAACAAAUUCAUCAUUUCAACAUUUCAAUUGGAAAUUUGCCAAAUAUUUUGUAGAUGUUUUGGAAAGAUUUUGCAAUUAUAAACUUGCAACUAAAGUACUUUAUGAAAUAACAGAAAUUCAAACUAAAGUGUUAGGUGUUGAUCAUAUUGAUGUUUCAUAUUCGCACAACGAGCUGGGUUCAUUGCUUUGGAAGAAUGGAGAGUACGAAAAAGCAAAAGAUUUUUAUGAACGAGCGAUAGAAAUUCAAACAAAAACAUUUGGACCUGACCAUGUUGAUAUUGCUACAACGUACGACAAUCUGGGUUCAGUUUACAAUGAUAUGGGAGAGUACGAAAAAGCAAAAGAUUUUUAUGAACGAGCGAUAGAAAUUAAAACGAAAACAUUUGGACCUGACCAUGUUAAUAUUGCGACAACGUACAACAAUCUGGGUUCGGUUUACAAUAAAGUGGGAGAGUACGAAAAAGCAAAAGAUUUUCUUGAACGAGCGAUAAAAAUUGAAACGAAAACAUUUGGACCUGACCAUGUUAAAAUUGCGACAAUGUACAGCAAUCUGGGUUCGGUUUACAAUAAUAUGGGAGAGUACGAAAAGGCAAAAUAUUUUUAUGAACAAGCGAUAGAAAUUCAAACAAAAGCAGUUGGACCUGACCAUGUUAAUAUUGCGAUAAUGUACAACAAUCUGGGUUCGGUUUACCGUAAAAUGGGAGAGUACGAAAAAGCAAAAGAUUUUUAUGAACGAGCGAUGAAAAUUCAAACGAAAGCAUUUGGACCUGACCAUGUUAAUAUUGCGAUAAUGUACAACAAUCUGGGUUCGGUUUACCGUAAAAUGGGAGAGUACGAAAAAGCAAAAGAUUUUUAUGAACGAGCGAUGAAAAUUCAAACGAAAGCAUUUGGACCUGACCAUGUUAAUAUUGCGACAACGUACAACAAUCUGGGUUCG